GCCCACAGUGGUGUGAGCGCUGGGGCUGACUGUGGUCCCAGUCCCCGCUGCCCUAUCUGGGACUUGGGCUUGCUCUGGGAGUAACUUUGAGAGAGAGAACAGAGAGGAGGCCAGAGCCAGAACCGGGCCCAGACCAGUCGUCAGCAGCGUCCUGCCUGCCAGCGAGACCCAGGGCGGCCCCUCCAGGCUGCUGCUCCUCCCAAAGGAUGCUUUUGGAGUGAGGAGGGGCUGGCCUGCUCGUCGCCCCUGAGCACUCUCUCCGUUCCCCUGUCUCUCCCAAGGCUGGCCGCAAUCUGGCUAGCACUUCCACUGUUGUCCAUUUUGGGUCCAGCACAAUAACAGAGGACAGUGAGGAGGACUUCCUGGAGGGGGUGACAGCCCACACCAGAAGCCAUCUGUAGCCUGGACACCAUGGGGCUCCCAGGUGCGAUGCCAGCUUCAGCCAUCCAAGGCCAGUUGUUGCUGUCCCUGCUGUUGCUGCUGGGACCACAGAUCUGCCAGUGCCUAGUCAUCACGCCCCCUGGGCCAGAGUUCGUCCUCAACAUCUCCAGCACCUUUGUUCUGACCUGCUCGGGUUCAGCUCCAGUGGUAUGGGAGCAGAUGUCCCAGGCGUCCUGGCAAGAAGCAGCCAUGAAUCAGGACGGUACCUUCUCCAGUGUGCUGACACUGACUAAUGUCACUGGGGGAGAUACCGGAGAAUACUUCUGUGCCUACAACAACUCCCUAGGGCCAGAGCUCGGUGAGCGGAAGCGCGUCUACAUCUUCGUACCAGAUCCCACCAUGGGCUUCCUCCCUAUGGACUCCGAGGACCUAUUCAUUUUCGUUACGGACAUAACAGAGACGACAAUUCCAUGCCGAGUGACAGACCCCCAACUGGAGGUGACAUUGCAUGAGAAGAAAGUGGAUAUCCCCCUACACAUACCCUAUGACCACCAGCGUGGUUUCAUCGGUACUUUUGAGGACAAGACUUACAUCUGCAAGACCACCAUUGGGGACAGGGAAGUGGACUCAGAUACCUUCUAUGUCUACAGCCUCCAGGUGUCAUCCAUCAAUGUCUCUGUGAAUGCAGUGCAGACUGUGGUCCGCCAGGGUGAGAGCAUUACCAUCAAGUGUAUUGUGAUGGGAAAUGAUGUGGUCAACUUCCAAUGGACAUAUCCCCGCAUGAAGAGUGGGCGGUUGGUGGAGCCGGUGACAGACUACCUCUUUGGGGUGCCCUCCCGAAUUGGCUCCAUCCUGCACAUCCCCACUGCUGAGCUGAGUGACUCGGGGGCCUAUAUUUGCAAUGUGUCAGUGAGUGUGAAUGACCAUGGAGAUGAAAAGGCCAUCAACAUCACUGUGAUCGAGAGUGGCUACGUGAGGCUGCUGGGGACACUGGGUGAUGUACAAAUUGCUGAGCUGCACCGGAGCCGGACAUUGCAGGUGGUGUUCGAGGCUUAUCCGCCACCCACUGUCCUGUGGCUCAAGGACAACCAUACCUUGGGGGACUCCAGCGCCGGCGAGAUGGUCCUGUCCACCCGCAACAUAUCUGAGACCCGGUACGUGUCAGAACUGACCCUGGUACGCGUGAAAGUGGCGGAGGCUGGCUGCUACACUAUGCGGGCCUUCCACGAGGACGCAGAGGCCAAGCUCUCGUUCAAGCUGCAGGUCAAUGUCCCUGUCCGUGUGCUGGAGCUGAGUGAGAGCCACCCUGCCAAUGGGGAGCAGACAAUCCGCUGUCGUGGCCGGGGCAUGCCUCAGCCGAAUGUCACCUGGUCUACCUGCAGAGACAUCAAAAGCAGGUGUCCACGAAAGCUGUCACCCAUACCCUUGGGUAACAGUUCCAAUGAGGAGAACCAGCUAGAGACUAAUGUGACUUUCUGGGAGGAAGAACAGGAAUAUGAGGUGGUGAGCACACUGCGCCUGCGUCAUGUGGAUCAGCCGCUGUCAGUACGCUGCAUGCUGCAGAACUCAAUGGGCAGAGACGCGCAGGAGGUCACCGUGGUACCACAUGCCCUGCCCUUCAAAGUGGUGGUGAUCUCAGCCAUCCUGGCCUUGGUGGUCCUCACUGUCAUCUCUCUCAUCAUCCUGAUCAUGCUGUGGCAGAAGAAACCACGCUAUGAGAUCCGGUGGAAGGUGAUCGAGUCUGUGAGCUCUGAUGGCCAUGAAUACAUCUAUGUGGACCCUAUGCAGCUACCUUAUGACUCUACCUGGGAGCUGCCGCGGGACCAGCUUGUGCUCGGACGGACUCUAGGCUCUGGAGCCUUCGGACAAGUGGUGGAGGCCACGGCCCAUGGUCUGAGCCAUUCACAGGCUACCAUGAAAGUGGCUGUCAAGAUGCUGAAAUCUACAGCCCGAAGCAGUGAGAAACAAGCCCUCAUGUCAGAGCUGAAGAUCAUGAGUCACCUUGGACCCCACCUGAACGUGGUCAACCUCCUGGGAGCCUGUACCAAAGGAGGGCCCAUCUACCUCAUCACCGAAUACUGUCGCUAUGGAGACCUGGUGGAUUACCUGCACCAGAACAAGCACACUUUCUUACAGCGCCACUCCAACAAGCCCCACCCACCCAGUGCUGAGCUCUACAGCAACGCCCUGCCGGUGGGGCUCCCCCUACCCAGCCCCUUGUCCCUGACUGGGGAGAGCGACGGUGGCUACAUGGACAUGAGCAAGGAUGAGUCUGUGGACUACGUGCCUAUGCUGGACAUGAAAGGAGACAUCAAGUAUGCAGACAUUGAGUCCUCCAACUACAUGGCCCCUUACGACAACUAUGUCCCAUCUGCCCCUGAAAGGACCUAUCGGGCUACCUUGAUCAAUGAUUCACCAGUGCUCAGCUACACAGACCUUGUGGGCUUCAGCUACCAGGUGGCCAAUGGCAUGGAAUUCUUGGCCUCUAAGAACUGUGUUCAUCGAGACCUGGCGGCAAGGAAUGUGCUCAUCUGUGAGGGCAAGCUGGUCAAGAUCUGUGACUUUGGCUUGGCUCGAGACAUCAUGCGGGACUCCAACUACAUCUCCAAAGGCAGCACCUUCCUGCCUCUGAAGUGGAUGGCCCCAGAGAGCAUCUUCAACAGCCUCUACACCACCUUGAGUGAUGUGUGGUCUUUCGGGAUCCUCCUCUGGGAGAUCUUCACACUGGGUGGCACCCCUUAUCCAGAGCUGCCCAUGAACGACCAGUUCUACAAUGCCAUCAAGAGGGGCUACCGCAUGGCCCAGCCUCCUCAUGCCUCUGACGAGAUCUAUGAGAUCAUGCAGAAGUGCUGGGAAGAGAAGUUUGAGACUCGACCCCCCUUCUCCCAGCUGGUGUUACUCCUGGAGAGGCUGCUGGGUGAGGGAUAUAAGAAGAAGUACCAGCAGGUGGAUGAGGAGUUUCUGAGAAGUGACCACCCAGCCAUCCUGAGGUCUCAAGCCCGCUUGCCAGGCUUCCACAGCCUCCGAUCUCCCCUGGACACCAGCUCUGUCCUCUACACUGCUGUGCAGCCCAAUGAGGGUGACAAUGACUACAUUAUCCCUUUGCCUGACCCCAAGCCUGAUGCUGCCGACGAGGGCCUCCUAGAGGGUUCCCCCAGCCUUGCCAGCUCCACCUUGAAUGAAGUCAACACUUCCUCGACCAUCUCCUGCGACAGCCCCCUGGAUCUCCAAGAAGAGCCACCGGCGGAGCCUGAGGCAGAGUUGGAGCAGCCACAGGGUUCAAGCUGCCAGGAACCUCAGGCUGAAGCAGAGGACAGCUUCCUGUAGGGACUGGCCCCACCCUACCCUGCCCCAAACGCCCAUUUGCCUCCCAGCACCCAACCCUCCUGGCCUGGCCUGGCCUGGCCUGGCCUCCCAACUGUGCAUCGCCACCAGCUGCCCCCUUGAAGAAGGCCCCAUGGUGUGCGGCACCCAAGGACCAAUUUAGCUUAGGAGGCAAGAGAAAUGUAGGGACUGAGCCUCUGCCUCUGGAAGGCCAGGAGACUCUGAGCCAGGGCUCUUCCAGGGGACUCGGUAGGGCUUGGCUACCAGACAGGUGCGGAGGGAACCUGGAUUCCUGGAGAGAGUCACGGGUGUAAGGUAGUGUGUUCGCUUCCUCCUGUGGAGCCAGCUGCCCCUCAGCUGGAUCCCUCCACUUUGAUCUUCGCAAGAACCUGCAGCCUGGCUCCUGGGCAAACAGAGGCCAGCAGCCUUGGACAAGGUCAUUUCAUUCAGAGCUCACUUCCCCUGGUGCCAGUCUUAACUUUCCCGGGCCCGAGCUGGUCUGGGGCUAGCCAUGCUUAAUGAGCAUUGUUAGGGGUAGAGGCUGAACUGAGUACAGGAUGCUCUGGCCUGCAACCCUGCCCAGGGCACUCAGGGCACACCUGGCCACAAGAAGUACCCAUGCCUUUCAUCCUCAUCGGCCCUAGAGCUUUUUGCUCAUCACUUUCAGUUGACCUGCCCACCAGAGUCUGCAGCCCAUAGUCAAUGCCUGUGAUAUGCUAAGCGCCUCCCUGAAGCCACUCCGAGCCCCCCCCCCAGACCCCCGACUGCGUUGAACUGCUGUGAAACCCUUGUUCUCUCUGGGUACCAGUUUUCUUUCCCCUUUGAAAAAUGACCAAGUUGGACUCAUCGACUCUGCGUCCCCUGUCAAAACUACAGUUCUAGAGUGUUCCAGGGGUUUGCACUUAGCCAGGCAAAGUGGGGUCAAGCCCCUAAGCCACCUUUCUGGGAAUCAGCUGAACUCCGGGAAGAUUCCAGACACACACCACAUCUGGGGAUUCAGGAACUGAGCCUCUUUUUUAGGUCCCCAAGUGCAACUGCCAUGACCUUGACUUGGAGUAACAACCAGUGUCCUAGGAAACCCCCCUACAGAUGUCCUGAAGAUACAGAAGGACCACGAGACCCUUUUCAUCCCAUGAUAAACUCUGGAGCCAGCAAGAGUGGCAGAGAAGGCAAGCCGGGUCACCUCAGGCCACUGUCGCCAGGAGUGUGGACAGACAUGAUGGAAAGCGAGGACAGAUGUGUCCCAUGCAGGACAGGAGGCUUGAGAUGGGCAUGAGAAGUAGGCGCUGUGGGGGGUGCCAUCUUAACUGGCAGCUGUCCCAGUCUGCAGGCAGUACCACACGGGAAUGUUUUUGUCAUUGCCUGCAUCCGGCAGUGGUUCCUCACUAACCCUGACCCAGCGGACAUGGGAGGAUCCUGGGGAGUGAGGGAGGAGUGGGCUGGAUCAGGGGAGGAGAAGUCAGCCCUUCUGGGGGCCCUCCAUGCUGGCUUGCUGGCUGGCAGCUCCCUGCCUGGAGCAGCAGAGGUUGCUGGAGGCUGGGGAGUACUGCUCACAACGGUACCAAAGAUGUAAUCACCUAGGUUUACAUGUACUUGUAGGACUCACGAUAACUCGCAUUAGACACCGGAAGUGCUAUUUUAUAUGCUGUUAAGUUUUCCUAUCUCUACUUUUUUUUAAAGGGAAAAAAAUGUAAUAUUAAACUUGGUGCUUCUCACUGAAA